UCAUGGCUCCCUCAGCAGACAGACUGGGAUAUUGGGGGCGACCAACCUCAACGCUGGAUUGGUGUGAGGAGAAUUAUGUCGUCUCUUUCUACAUCGCAGAAUUCUGGAACACUGUCAGUAACCUGAUUAUGAUCCUGCCUCCUAUCUACGGUGCCAUCCAGACAUAUAAAGACGGCCUAGAGUACCGCUACGUCUACUCCUUCCUUGGACUGGCAGCUGUUGGCAUUGGUUCCUGGUGCUUCCAUAUGACGCUGCAAUAUGAGAUGCAGUUGCUGGAUGAGCUGCCAAUGAUCUACAGCACCUGUGUCUUUGUCUACUGUCUAUAUGAAUGCUUCAAGCAAAAAAACACUCUGGGUGUAUUCCCUAUCAUGUUGUUAUUCAUCUUCAGUGUCUCAGUCAGUGUGGUGUACUUACAAUGGAAAGAGCCAGUCUUUCACCAGGUCAUGUAUGGUGCACUUGUAGCAUGCUUGGUGAUGCGCUCUAUCUUCAUAGUUACAUGGGUGUACCCCUGGCUCAAACCUGUGUGUUACAUCUCCCUGAGUGUCUUUUUGCUGGGGUUCCUGUUGUGGAACAUUGAUAAUCUGGCCUGUGACUCACUCAGAUCCACCAGGCAGAGACUGCCCCCUGUUGUUGGGGCGGUGACACAGUUCCAUGCCUGGUGGCACAUCCUCACAGGCCUGGGCUCCUACCUACACAUACUCUUCAGCCUCCAGAUAAGGUCAACCUUUCUCAAACACAGACCAAAAGUAAAGUUCCUAUGUGGAGUGUGGCCCAUGUUGCACAUUGAGGCACAAAAGACUAGCUGAGUGACAGGGGACCAUGAAGGAUGGUGACUGCCAUUCAACAGGCAUCAGCACAGAGACCUGACCUGCCAGUCUGCCAACCUGACCUGACCUGCCAGUCUGCUGUCUAUGGGACAUAUGCACCCCACUACCAGAGGGCAGGCAGGCUACACCCCAACCUACCACUCCGGGGACCCUUUGGUUCUGCACUGUGACGAUUUGCCAAGUACAGUAUAGCAUUGAGAGUUUACAUGGAAUUAUAUGAUUUUUCUCUUUCAUCUAUCACAAUAUAGUAGAUUAUUAGAUUUUGUUGGUGAUGUUGUAGUGACAUUUUGUUUCAAUUUACUCUAACAUAUUUCCUGGAAUAUGGAUACCGCAAAAAUAUAUAUAUAUAAAUCAUACUGGUGUAUCUAUUAUAACAUUCAAUAUAACACCUUAGCAUAUUCACAAACCAUAAUAACGUCAGGUUGUCGGCAUUAUCUGGCUGUAUGUCAUGGUUGUGUUUAGACCAGGGAACUGUUUGUUACCCAUCCAUCCUCCUCUGAGGGAAUCUGGUCUAGAUGAUGCAGUGUGUUGGUCACAGACGGGACUGAAACAGAGACACAGGAAAAGGUUUAAUAUCAAUUAUCUUGUCCAUUUCUGUCCUCUGCAAGGGAUUGGUCACACAGGAAAACUCUGACUUCAAUUGGAUAUAUAUUUGAUGUAUGCCAAGUGUGGAUCUGCAUUGCAAAAUCUGAAGUUGCUCUGAGAUUGUGUUUUUGAUGAUUUACUUUAAUAUUAUUAACAAAUCAAAGGGAUAUGAUACAAUUUCAUCUAAGGAUUGUUCCACUGCACAAAAUUCAGUACCAUUUAUAUCAUAGUGGGAAUUCCACAGGGUCAUUAUUUUCAUGUGUAGUAUUACAAAAAAAGUGCAUUUCACAACGCAAGAUAUCAUAAAGGCUUACCGAAAAUACAUACACUACCGUUCAAAAGUUUGGGGUCACUUAGAAAUUUCCUUGUUUUUGAAAGGA